AUGGGAAACAUAUGUGGACCAUCAAGGUGCUCAAAGCAUGGAUUUUUUGGAUCAAUAUGGCAUUCAUUAUGGUGGUCUAGAUCCCCAGAUUUGAUCCAAUAUGAAAAGAAAAGAGCAAGAAACCAACGGCAUCACAAAAAUCACAAGGCUACUAGACCUGUCCAAAAUGCACCUCCGCGAGUGCUGAAUCUAGCGAAGGAAGACCCAAAACCGACCCAAGUUCAACCUGCGAUUCCUUAUCAAGAAAUCAAAGAACAUGGCAAACAAUCUGGAAAGGUUGUAGUAGUGAAGCAGCAAAGCAAAUCAACACAGCGAAAUGUGACAUCUGGUGCCCAAAAUCCAGACCAUAAGAGAAGAAAGUCAAGUGUAGGGCUUCUGGUUGAUAAAGUCUUGAAAAAUACAAAUGGGCAUUUGAAAGAUCACUAUAAGUUGGGUUUGAAACUGGGACAUGGACAAUUUGGUACAACUUCUAUUUGCAUAGAAAAGAAAACCGGGAAACAAUUUGCUUGCAAAUCCAUUUCGAAGAGGAAAUUAGUGACGGAAGAAGAUGUGGAUGAUGUUAGGAGGGAAGUUGAAAUUAUGCAUCACUUAUCAGGACAUCCUAAUGUGAUUUCAAUCAAAGGGGCUUAUGAGGAUGCUUAUGAAGUUCAUUUGGUGAUGGAACUAUGUGCUGGAGGUGAACUCUUCGAUAGAAUUACCAAGAAAGGGCAAUUUUCAGAACGUGAGGCGGCCCAUCUUCUUAAGACUAUUGCUAGUGUUAUUGAGGCUUGUCAUUCUUUGGGUGUAAUCCAUCGUGAUCUUAAGCCUGAGAACUUUCUCUUUGUCAAUAGGGACGAAGAUGCACCUCUUAAAGCCAUAGAUUUUGGACUUUCAGUUUUCUUCAAGCCAGGGGAAAUUAUUACCGAUGUGGUUGGAAGCCCUUAUUAUGUUGCACCAGAAGUUUUACUAAAACAUUAUGGUCCUGAAGUAGACAUUUGGAGCGCUGGUGUGAUUCUUUACGUUCUUCUUUCUGGGGUGCCACCUUUCUAUGGAGAAACGGAGAAUGAUGUAUUUAGGGAGAUUUUGGAGGGUGAACUUGACUUCUCCUUCGAUCCAUGGCCUGUUAUCUCUGGAAGUGCUAAGGAUUUGAUAUCAAGAAUGCUUCUUAGAGACCGUAAUAACCGGAUAACUGCUCAUGAAAUUCUUUGCCACCCAUGGAUCAGCGUAGAUGGGGUUGCUCCAGACAAGCCUCUUGAUCCUGCAGUGUUGACUCGCUUAACUCAGUUUUCUGCCAUGAACAAACUCAAGAAAAUGGCUCUUAAGGUCAUUGCAUCAAGACUCUCUGAAGAAGAAAUUGCUGGACUAAAGCAAAUGUUUAAGACAAUCGAUACAGACAAUAGUGGCUAUCUUACUUUUGAUGAACUGAAAGAUGGGCUGAAGAGUUAUGGUGCCGAUCUUGAUGAGUCAGAGAUUCAUGAUCUGAUGCAAGCCGCGGAUAUCAAUAACAGUGGUACUAUUGACUAUGAAGAAUUUGUAGCUGCAACCUUGCAUUUCACGAAAGUGGAUAAGGAGGAUCGGUUAUUUGCUGCUUUUUCAUAUUUUGACAAAGAUGGCAGCGGUUAUAUUACCCUAGAUGAACUCCAACAAGCCUGCAAGGAGUUUGGAGUUGACGACAUCCAUUUGGAUGAAAUUCUCAAAGAAGUUGAUCAAAACAAUGAUGGUCGUAUAGAUUACAGCGAGUUUGUUGCAAUGAUGCACAAGGGAAGUGGCAAUGUGGUAAGAAAUCAAUCAAAGAACAACUUUAUCAUCGGAUUCCGGGAGCCGUUGCCGGUUCGUUGAUCUCAAGUUUCCAUUUUCUUUUUUUGCAAGUGAGAGAGGGUUAAAUAUGAACUAUGUAUGAGAUAGUUCAGUAGGUGAUAACAAAUGUACAGAGCAUAGAUGGGGUUAAUUCAUCAAUUACAUGAGCACAUGUUGUUGUGU